CCCCGGUAACGUGGGCUUCUGAGUCAACCGUGCAUGCGCCGCCAUCGUGACGUCGCCACGGCAGCUAUGACCCUGUCCUUAUCCGCCAUGUUCCGAGGGUCGUCGAUGCUUACCUGUAUGGGGGAGUAUUCGGCGAUGGUGUCAUAGAGACUUGUCGGUUAAGGCCCAACCAUAUGAGCAUCAUAGCUCAUACCAUGUUCUAGCUCAACACUGUCGUAAGUUUGUCAACAAUUUCGUACGGUUUUCUAAUCGCGUCUUCCAGCCUUGGUGAUACGUUCUGAGUGGAGUAGAACUAUGGCGACGGUCGAGAUGGAAGACGGGGCACAUCAACGAGGUGCUCCGUCUCCUCCUCCCGACCUGGGUGGAGAAAGAGACGAAGAUGAGAGGCUUAGAGAACUGAUGAGGUUAUGCUAUGAGGAAGGGAUUAUGCCCCCUAAUAUAGAUCCAGGAGAAAUGACAGUUGAAGGAAGAGAGGUGAGAUUCAAAGUUAACAAGCAUAUAGAUAGAGUGAAGAUAGCUUGGUUGAAGGAACAUACCGUGACUGUGAUUUUUCGAGAACGGGCGAGAUUUCUCCCCAAGAAAGUCAAGGACGAUAUCGUACGUGCAUUUGAAGACGACAAAAUCCAGGACGGCAGCUUCGACGCGGAGAAUUUUCGACGUGGAAGGGUGAAAGUGGAGAGUCCAAAUGUGGUCUCAUAUGUGGCGAAAUCAAGGGUGAUUGCAGCUUGGAUGGUUACCAAAGGUCAUGACGAAAUCACUAUUGGUCAGGAUACAUACAAGCUGGAGUUCAAACCAUGGAUGUCAAAAGCUCAACUCCGGGAGCAACGAAGAGAAGAGGACGAUCUCACUUUCUGGGUUAUUGCUGUCCAAGUGCCUCUUGAUUCCUUUUUCUAUCUAGAGGCACAAGUGGCAAGGGCAAUUGGCCCCGUAAUCCGAACGCAUCCAACGGAACUGGAUCAACUCAAGCCAUCACUCAUCAACAUCGAAUUCGACAUUGACCCAACAUCUCGUCCUAAUAUGAAGGACAAGAUUUGGGCAAUUACUCCAGAAGGUGAUGAACUGUAAGUCAAGUUAGCGUCAUUGGAAACUCCGAGGUGCAGACGUUGCCGAGCGUUUUUUCAAACGGACAACGAAUGCAGGAGAGGGGCGAGACAGAAUCAACAAAACAGCCAACCAGGU